AUUUUCCUUUUCUGUCCUGGUUUCGGUUUUCCUUUCUUCUUCUUCUUCUUCUGCUCUCUUUCUCAUUAGUUUCUUUAAAACCUCCAUUCACCUCAUUCUCUCUUGUUUAACGCAAUGGGGUUCAACAGGUGCUGCCUUUGUCUCUCGCUACAUCAAGCAACGUUGAUCAUAUCGACUGCUUCUGCGGUGGUUUAUGGUGCGGUGUUCAUUUGGUUGCUCGUCCGACAUGAAAUCAUCUUGGGAUUCUUCCAGCAAGAAUCACAAGCCAUCCAGCCGAUCCUUUGGCUGUUAGUGGCUCUAUCUGGCAUAAUCUGUUUAUGCAUGCUCUUCGGCGCCUUUGCCAGCUUGCGGCAAAAUCAAACGAUGAUGCGCUUAUUCAAAGCCAUGUAUUGGGCAGUUGCUGCAGUUGUACUGGUAAUGACGCUUGCAGCAUGGGCUGUGCUGCUUGCUAAGCGGGACUCAGCCGUGUCAAGCUGCAACGAAUACCUUUCACAGGUCAGAGGCUCGCGCGACUUGCCUGGCAGUGGCGUCUUUGGCGUAUACGAUGGCGACUGUGAUGCCUCGGUCCGAAACCUGAUUAUAGUCGGGGCGCUUAUUGUUUUCAUUGGGAAUGCAUUGCAGAUUUACUGGGCUUGCAUUGUGUCCGCCAGCGUCAGCCGCAUGAAAGAUAGCGUAGGACAUCAACAGUUGCGUGACCUUGAAGAUCAUUAUUACAACUCCUCUGGCUAUCCUCCACCACCGCACCACUACCAACAGCAGCAGCAGCAGUACUACUAUGCUGCACAACCAUCACAACAACCCCAGCCAGCCAUACCGUUACAACGAUCUUCAUCCACGCAAAAGCCACCCAUGACUUAUUAAUGGACAAAACGAUCUAUUGUCAUCAUCAUCUUCUUCUUCUCUUGUAUUACCCCAUACUAUAGCAACAAACAACCCUAUUUUAGCCAUCUUCUCCUAUUAUAUCAGUGUCCUCAUCUCGUUUUCUGCUGCUAUCAUAUUACAUGAACAUGCACAGUGUUACAAAUUACACGCAUCAUCCUAUUGGAAAAGGGGGGGGAAGAUUCCAACCGCAGUGUAUUAUCCUUCCUCCCCCCCCACAUA